CUUACCUGGUAUGUUCUAAUCAGCAGGGACACUGAUGUGGCAGGCAAAGUGAGAGUAUUUCUCCAGAUGCGUCUAAAAGGAGAAGGUUGCUGCUUCUGGUGAAUCUCCUGCUUUAGCAUUCAGUUGCUAAGCUGCAGGCACUUUCUUGUUCUCUUCAGCGAAGUGGAAACUUUGAAGAGUCUGUAGUUUUGGAAACAAGAUGGAAUUCUUCCAAAUUUGUAUUCUGGGACAUUUAAGAACUUGGAUUUGACUUUACAGAAUGGUUUUACAUAAAAGACAAAACCAAGUCCUCAUGAGUUUAAAAUUUCAGGAAACUUUCGUAGAUCCAAGAUAAAGGCGGGGUGUAAAAACGAAAACAAAAGUAGCCAGAGUCAGAGAAGCCCUGUGAUUUUUAUCCUCUGCACUCAAGACUGCUCCUCUUUGCUGGCUGAAACAGAUUGCAGUCAUGGCUUUGGAGCAGAACCAGUCAACAGAUUACUACUAUGAGGAAAAUGAGAUGAAUGGCACUUAUGACUACAGCCAGUAUGAAAUGAUCUGUAUAAAAGAGGAGGUCAGAAAUUUUGCAAAAGUUUUCCUCCCUGCCUUUUUCACAAUAGCUUUCAUCCUUGGACUUGCAGGCAAUUCCAUAGUUGUGGCAAUUUAUGCCUAUUACAAGAAACAGAGAACCAAAACAGAUGUAUAUAUCCUGAAUUUGGCUGUGGCAGAUCUACUCCUCUUAUUCACUCUACCUUUUUGGGCAGUUAAUGCAGUUCAUGGGUGGAUAUUAGGGAAAAUGAUGUGUAAAGCAACAUCAGCCUUAUACACAGUAAACUUUGUCUCAGGAAUGCAAUUUCUGGCUUGUAUCAGCAUAGAUAGAUAUUGGGCAGUAACUAAGGCUCCCAGCCAAUCAGGAGUGGGAAAACCUUGCUGGAUCAUUUGUUUCUGUGUCUGGACAGCUGCCAUCUUGCUGAGUAUACCCCACCUGGUUUUUUAUACAGUAAAUGACAACAUGAGGUGCAUUACCAUCUUUCCCCACCACCUAGGAAAAUACAUGAAAGCAUCAAUUCAAAUACUGGAAAUCUGCAUUGGAUUUGUCAUUCCCUUUCUUAUUAUGGGAGUAUGUUACUCUCUAACAGCAAGGACUCUCAUCAAGAUGCCAAACAUUAAAAAAGCCCGACCCCUCAAAGUUCUGCUCACAGUUGUCAUAGUUUUCAUUGUAACUCAGCUGCCCUAUAACAUUGUCAAGUUAUGCCAAGCCAUAGACACCAUCUUCUUUCUGAUCACUGACUGUGACAUGAGCAAACGCAUGGAUGUUGCCAUCCAAAUCACAGAGAGCAUCGCACUCUUUCACAGCUGCCUCAACCCAAUCCUGUAUGUUUUUAUGGGAGCCUCUUUUAAAAAUUAUAUUAUGAAAGUUGCCAAGAAAUAUGGAUCCUGGAGAAGACAGAGACAAAAUGUAGAGGAGAUUCCUUUUGAUUCUGAGGGUCCUACAGAGCCAACCAGUUCUUUUACCAUUUAAAUGUAAAACUGUUCUACCUUUUGCUUGGAUACAUAAGAAUGAUGCUUUUCCUUUUGAUAAAAAAAAAAUAUUGCAGGGAAUCUGAAAUUCAUAUCUCAAACACUGUUGCUGCAACUUAUAACAAAGAAGGAGUUGGGGUCAUGGUGGAGGUAGAAGCCAAAAAGAAGAGGGGACAAUAAAUACACAAAAUAUGAAAAUUAAAAUUGAUGAUAUAGGAAAUAGUAGUAAUAGGCAUAAAUCAAAGCACUAACAAGAAGAUCCUUAUGUGAUGGAAUGGUUUUUAUAUCUUGAUUAUACUAUUGGUUACACAAAUCUAUAAUGUUAUAUAUUGAAAAAGAUUUCUAUACGCAUUGUAACAAUUUCAACUUCCUGAUUUUGAUUUUCUACUAUAAUUAUUAUUAUUGGGUUCAUCUAUGGGUGAUGGCUACCCAAGAUCACUCUGUACUAUCUUUGUAACUUCUUGUGGAUUUCUAAUAAUUUCAAAAUACAAAAGGUUUAAAAAGAAAAACACACUAUACUAGAAGUUUAGAAAUCUAAAACUGAUUAAUACAAAGGCUUAUGUUAAAAAGGCAUUUGUAAUUAUUUUUAUUUAUCUAAAUUUUAACACAAGAACAAUUUCCUCACAUAACUUUAGUACCUAAAUAAUUGUGUAGCAAAACAAUCUUUUUUGUCGUUGUUGUUUCUUAACUUAUAAGUAAUUUUAUAAAAUUCCAGAAAGAAUAACAAUUAAUAACUGAAACAUCCAAAAACAACCAAAAAAACUCAUAAGAUUGUCUAGCCCUUUCAUAUACUCCUGGUAAAUUCUUAAAAACACAUGUUUUGCUUCCAUAAUGUCAACUUUCUUUAGUAAUACCUGGUUAUCCUAAUAAAUGUUGGUUUAUUGUGUAGGUUUUAGAAGAAUCCUCAAAUUAUAGUCAUCUAUCUUCCAAUUUUUAUAACUUCCUAAAGAAUUCAUUUGUUUAUGUGAGUCUGAGAGUUGAGUAACUCUAUGCAUAAAGUUUCUUUAUAAUGUAUAGUUUCUCAUUUUUCAUUUAAACACUUGUAUUUUUAAGCAAUAAAAAUAUGUACCAUAAUAAA